AUGGAGAUGGAGGAGGGAGACUUACAAAAGCUCAGAUCCCCUCACGGUUCCUUGUCCGUACCUGUCGUUCUGGUUGUUGCCGUCCUGAUGGACAAGUUUCAACAUCGAGACGCAUACCUUGAGAGGAGCUUCUCGGUGGGUGUUCGCUCCACGGAGAACAAAGGAAGUCACCUGGUUGCUCUGAAGGCCUUCAGACCAGGAGACACGGUUCUGCGAUCUAGGCCGUAUGCCUUCGAGAUUUUCCCUGAGCUCAGAGAGGAGCGAUGCAAUGAGUGCUUCAGGAGGCCGGCAGAAGGAAUCAGCCUGCUCCGAUGCUCCUCCUGCAAGAUCACCAGGUAUUGCGGCAAAGAAUGUCAAGCGCGAGCAUGGAAACGAAGUCACAAGUACGAAUGCUCAUUGCAGCGCGAGCUUGAAGACAGAUUCGGGUCUCUUCCCUCCAGCGUUUACAUCGAUGUUACCAUCAUUAUCCGAAUUGCGAUCUUGCUCAUGAGCGGAAAAGCUGUAAAUGCGAUGAGUUCGGACGACUAUGUUCAGGACCACGAUGACGUGAAGGCGAUGAUAGAUCACAUGGCUCAGAUGAGAAAGUCGAAUGCACAGGAGUUUGCGGGGAACCAAGAAAUCGUCAGGAUUGCAGAACAUCUGCUUGACAUGUUGCAGGCGCGGUCGCCCAAGGGGCUGGACUGGAGCCUGAAACCAACAGAAGAAGAGCUGCUCAAAGUCCUGUGCAAAUUCGCAUGCAACAACUUCUCGCAUGCUGCUCGGCAGAUCUGGGAUGAUCUCAUCGUCAGCCAUGGCAUGGGAGUAUAUCCCCUUGGAGCGAUUCUCAACCAUUCGUGCAAGCCCAACUGUGUGAUCUAUUACCACCCCGAGACGCACGAGCAGGAGUUUCGGUGCAUCGAAGACAUUCAAGUCGGCGAAGAUAUAUGUCACUCGUACAUCGAUCUUGCGGCAGUUUCGAAGACGAGGAAAGAGAAGCUGCAAUCGACCUAUUACUUCGAUUGCGAUUGCCAGUGCUGCAAGUUCCCGGAGGAACUAGACAACAAAUUGGGAGCUCGGGAUGGUAAGGUCACAGAGAAGUGCGACAGAGCAGCGGAGCUGCUGGCAGCUGCUGGCUCGAGGACGGAGAUCGAGCACGCACUGAGCAGGUUGAAAGAUCUUGACGAGAAUGUGCUGGCGGACAGAGGAAACGUCGACCUUGACCGUCUAUCCGUCAAGUCAAAGAUGCUUCAGGCCUCCAUCGAGCUCGGAAUGAUGGACUCUGCGAUUCGAGCGUGCAAACAAGUCGUGGAAGGCUACCGGGGGAUCUACCCCCCUCUACAUCCUCUGCUGGGACUGCAGCUGUACACCCUUGGAAACCUGCUGUUUGAUGAUGGCCGCGGCGAAGAAGCUGCGGAUGUUCUGCAGGAGGGGCAGAAAAUUCUCCUGGCAACUCACGAUCGUCGGAGCACGAUGGUGCAGGGGAUCACCGAGCUACUGGCUGAAGCGAGGAAGGUCCAUAGAUAGAUGGAUAGGAGGAUGGAUAGCUUACACGCGUGAGUUGAGGAGGAGCGGGAGGAGGAGGAACACUUGGAGGUUCUGUAUAUAGAAGGAGUUUGGAUUAGCGGCUAAUCGUGCCGUUAAAGUGUAUACCGCAGAUUUCAAAGAAUAAUUUCAUCCCCGUAG